AUGGAUCAAGUAGAGAGUUCACGCAGUGAAUUUCGGACACCAAGAGGUGCACUUGAUGUGAAGCGGAAGAGCAAGAAGAGGCGCAAGGCACAACCUGAUGAUGGUGAUGAUGUCUGUUCGAUUUGUGAUGAUGGUGGCUAUGUAACUUGCUGUGAUGGUGGGUGUCUCAGGUCUUUCCACCUAACUGAAGAACAUGGUGAGGGUUCAAAGUGCCCAUCCCUUGGCAUUAAUAGUGAAGAAGCAAAUAUGAUAAUUGAUAAGAAAGACUUCGUAUGCAAGAACUGCAAGUAUAAGCAACAUCAGUGUUCUGCCUGUGGAUUAUUGGGGUCUUCAGACUUGUCCAUGGGAGCCGAGGUAUUCCAAUGUAAGGAAUAUAACUGUGGGCAUUUUUACCACCCUAAGUGUGUUUCCAAACUGCUGUACCCUGAUGACAAACUCCGGGCCUGCCAUUUCGAGCACGAUAUCCCUUUUGAAGCAAAGGAAGGUCCAAAUGGUUAUAUUUUUCAAAGGGCAUGGGAUGGCAUCCUUCGUGAUCAGAUUCUGAUAUACUGCAUGAAGCAUGAGAUAGUAAAAGAGCUAGGAAUUCCCAUGAGGAAACUCAUCAUCUUUCCUUAUGCCGAAAAUCUUUGUGUGCCAAAAGGUCCUGAAAGUGCACCCAAGGAACGAGAUACAUUGGCCCAAGAAGGGCUGCUUGACCACCCAUCAUCUGAACCAUCUCAGUCUCUGCCAUCUGCAGCUGCCCAGAAUCAAUGUUUCUGCUCCAAUCCUAUGGACUCAUUUGCACCAAAAUCCUUGUUUCCACAUCCAUACCCAGGUUCAUGUGGUUGGCUUGGCGACUGA